AUGACAUUUCUGCUUUGGCUUGUGACGAGUCUCGUGCGCUGGAUUCGACUCAAGAUCUAUCAGUAUGAGGUGACGUUCGCCGUGUACAUGCUUACCCCUACAGAAAAGUUCAUUUUUAACUCCCUCCUUCUCACCCUCGUCACAAUGAUCAUUACCGGAAUUUACGUUUAUCUGCCCGAUCAUAUCCGAGCCAUUUACAGCCACUUAUACUACUACUGGGUUGGUGAACGCCCGUUCAUCUCCGGAAAUCUUCCUACCAUCAGUUCCGUGUUGCGCGAAGUCGGUACUCAGACUAUGGAUGUCCUAUACGAGACAGCCAAAGGCCAGGCCGCUACGGUUACCGAUUCGAUCGCCGAACUCUGA